AUGGCGGCAGCCGCAGGGCACGGAAAUAGCAUGUCGCUAACGCCAACGGAGACACCUACUUUCAGCUACCAAGGACGCACCGGCUAUCCAUUUGGUGAAUCUUGCUCAAACGACUGUUAUAUAUAUCAAACAACAGGUAAAAAACCGAGUGUUAAGCGAAUAGAGGCUACUGGUGAUGCGCCAAUUCCACAAUAUGGGCCGGGAAUAGUUUUACACGAACAUUAUUUAUAUACGGUUGGGGGAACAACUGGCUAUGAUUACUCUUGUGAAGUGCAUCGCUUAAAUUUGCGCACACGAGUGUGGGAAUGCGUAUAUAUCUGUCGUCCAGAUAUACGCCAAGAUCCAGAGGGUCGUUAUCGUCACGAAGUUGUCUACGAUGGGCAAUACAUAUAUGUGCUGGGUGGUGGUACAUCGAAUUUAGUGUAUGAUUUACAACGCAUCCCUGCAUUUUAUUUAAUUACAAACCGAUGGGAAUAUUUCGUCACAUUACCCGAUCGAACAUCACAAACAAAUCUAACAAUCGAGCGACCAAAUUCCGGAUAUCCAAACCUACGAAAGUGCUUUUCCUGCGUACAGCACACGAAAUCGAAUGGUGAGGUCGAAGCAUUCAUUACGGGAGGCUUGCAGGCCGAUCAAGUAUAUUUUUCAGAUAUAUGGAGAUUAAAUUUUACUACUAAGCAAUGGACACUUAUAAAAACAGCCUCUCUACCAAAAGCUUUGUACUUCCAUGCCGCAGCGCACAGUCAAAAUGGUUGUAUGUACAUAUUCGGUGGUAUUGAAUAUGAUGAAAAACGUAUACGACGGUGCAAUGACCUUUAUAAAAUGUGGAUGACCAUACCAUUAUUAAGUGCAAUUUGCUGGGAGGCAGUGUUACAUUACAGACCAAAUCUCAAAUUGAAUGGCCACUCACAGCUGCUUAAAAUGGGCAUACCAUUGCGCUUUGCACAGAGAUUGUGGCAUUCUUCAAAAGCCAAAAGAUUAUACAAUAAAUGAAGAGAUAUAUGGUAUGGUAUGUCAUGUAACGAGCAAUAAGAAGCGACAAUUUUUAUGUUUCAUUCUAGACAUAAAAGCAUAAUUAUUGUUUGCUAACCAUUUAGGAAUGACAUAGUUUCAUAUGGAAGAAAUGGAACCAAAAGAAUAAACAUAAUAAAAUAAGACAUUAAUAAUGAGUAAAAAUGAAAAAAGCUAAUUAAUAUGAAAAUAAGAGUAAUUAUUUUUAUACGCUACAUAUGUGUACGAGCAGUUGUGGCGAUUUUUUUUA